AUUGAGUAGAUUACAAUGGAAAUAGUAGUGUUUCUGGUCUUUCUUCUACCACUCUCCUUGUUCCUGUUCAUUCUCCUAAAACAUGGCAAUUCUAAUCGUCUUCCCCCUAGCCCUCCUUCUCUUCCUUUGAUUGGUCACUUACAUAUACAGCUGUUUGAUAACUCAGCCCCUCAUUUUUUUCUUAGCAAACUCUCUCAAAAGUAUGGUUCUCUCGUGUACUUGCGAUUUGGGUUUAAGCCAAUCCUUGUAGUUUCUUCAGCAAAAAUGGCUAAAGAGGUUAUGAAAACCCAUGACCUUGACUUUUGCAGCAGGCCUCAUCAACGUUGUAGUCAUAAACUAUCUUACAAUGCCUCGGAUGUGGCUUUUUCACCGUAUAAUGACUACUGGAGGGAGAUGAGGAAAAUUUGUGUUGUACAUCUCUUUAGCGGAGUGCAACAGUAUCGUCCCAUCCGAGAAGAUGAAGUUGAUCGCUUGAUUGAAAAAAUAUCCAAAUUAUCUGUUGAUGCUAAACCUGUCAACUUGAGUGAAGCAAUAAUGUGCCUUUCCAGUACAAUAAUUUGUAGAAUAGCCUUCGGCAAGAGGUACGACGAAGAAGGAGCCGAAAGAAGCAGAUUCCAUGAGCUGCUUAAUGAAAGUCAAGCCAUAGUAUCAAGCUUCAGUUUUUCUGACUACUUUCCGUACAUGGGUUGGCUCGAUAGAUUCACUGGAUUGCUUAGUCGUCUUGAAAAAACUUUCAGAGAGCUUGAUACUUUUUAUCAACAACUCAUUGAUGAACGUCUUGAUCCUAAUAGGCCAAAACCCCAACAAGAGGACAUACUCGACGUGUUACUACAAACAUGGAAGGAUCACGACUUUUCAUUUGAUCUGACUAUCGAUCAGAUAAAAGCUAUUCUUAUGAACGUGUUUAUAGCUGGAACAGACACAUCCGCAGCCACUAUAAUAUGGGUGAUGAGCUUCUUAAUGAAAAAUCCAAAAUGUUUGAAGAAAACUCAAGCAGAAGUAAGGAAUUUGAUUGGAAAAAAAGGUUUUGUAAAUGAAGAUGAUACUCGAGAUUUGACUUACUUAAAAGCUGUGAUAAGAGAAACAUUUAGAUUGCAACCAAUAGCUCCAUUGUUAGUGCCACGAGAAACACUCCGAAAGUGCAACAUAGGUGGGUACGAUAUACCUGCCAAAACCUUGGUUUAUGUGAACGCGUGGGCAAUAGGAAAAGACCCUGGAACUUGGGAAAAUCCAGAAGAGUUUUAUCCUGAAAGGUUCAUUGGUAGUCCCAUUGACUACAAAGGGCAACACUUUGAGCUCAUACCAUUUGGUGCUGGUAGAAGAGUUUGUCCUGGAAUGCAUAUGGGAGUUGCAGUAGUGGAACUUGCCCUUGCUAAUCUUCUUUACAAGUUCGAUUGGGAAAUGCCGAUUGCGAUGACAAAAGAAGACAUAGACUUUGAUGCACUACCUGGUCUCGCUACACACAAAAAAAAUGCUCUUAUCCUUGUGGCUAGGAAGAUUUAUGAUUAAACAAUCCCUGCCUUUGUGAUAGUUACUUGUUUACUGCGUGCUUAUGAAUAAGGUCUUUAGUAACACUGUAGCUUUGAUAUGCAAUAUGAAAAUCACUUAAAAAAAUAAGUUAUGAAUAAAA